AAUUCAAGAGCAUUUUCCUUUUUUACUGACUUGAACCGCAGCCAAAUGUGGUGACUGUCAUCUCCGAAAUAAUCUCGCGUCAUAUAAAUAAACUGCGAUGCUCGCGCUACACCGACAGCAGACUCUCUCAACAUCCGGAGAACACAGAUUCCUGGGAAUUUCCCUCAAUGAAGCUGCACGUCCAACUCGCUGCGGUGUCUCUCUGGGUCUUCGUCUCGCUGUCUGAGUCCGCUCCAGGACACACAGACACGCAGCUGCCAGUUCCGAUGCGUUUGGAGUACUUCAUUGAACUGGAUAACGGCGCUCACAGUCCGCGCGCGCCCGACCGGAGACCCCCGUCCCCCGCCGAGCCUCUUCAGCUGCAGCGGCUGUUAGGAGGUAAGGUCGGUAGUGUCGGUAACGGCGGGAUCAUGAACAGAUUCGUGGAACGUGAGCGCCGGUCUGAGGAUCCACCAAUCUCGCUGGAUCUGACUUUUCACCUGUUGCGCGAGGUGCUGCAGAUGGCGCGAGCCGAACAACUGGCCCAGCGCGCGAGCAACAACCGCAAAAUUUUGGACGAUUUAGGAAAAUAAAAAUGAACUACUCAAAAUGUUUUUGAUUCAAUUUCUUAAGUAAUAUAACACAUUAUGGUUUACUUCUGUGAAUAAUUUGUGUUUGCCUUCUUUUUAUCCAGUUUGGCCUUUUCCUACCCUUUUAAUGUAUAAUUUUCCUAUCUUAUAAUGUAUUAUGUAUUCCCACAGA